GGAACUUGAGGAAGCCUUUGGGACGGCGGCCGAGGGCUCCGGGACAUCCUUCUGGGGAUGGCCGAGAGGCAGUUGGAGGUCUGGAAACACAAAAAGAAUCAGCCGGGGCCCAGGGGGAGGGUGAGGCCGGAGUGGGAAAUGGCCCGGGGGGGGGGUGCAGAGAGCCCCUCCCCAUCACCUAGCUUACUUUGUAUCCAUCCUCUGGGGGGUUCUCCUCGCGCAGGCCGGGCCAGUUUCCGGAUAGCGCCCGCCCCGCCCCAGGCGAGGGAGUUACUCGAUGGGCUCUCGGGCCUCGUCAGUUUCCGCCCCGCUCCCCUCUCCCCCCCUUUUCGGUGGCACAGCUCCUCCUCAGCCUUUCUACUAGCAGGCUCAGGGCCUGGGCAGGUCCAGCUUCCGCGCAGGCGCCUUCGCUUCGCGGGGCCCAGCUCCGAGCACUCGCAGGGAACUUCACCUACGUUUCCUCUGGGACCGCCCCCCGGCGGCGCGGGGAGGGGAGGAGUCCAGGGAGCCCGAGGGAGGGCGAUCUCCGGAGCCCCGCCCCAUCCCUUUCCUCUCCCACAAGGCGCUGCGACACGCAGGCGCGUGGGGCGGGACUCGGCGGCAGGGUCUUCGGUCCGGGUGUCGCAGACGCUGCUGCCGGAGCGGGGCGGGGCGAGGCGGGGGCUAGCUCAUGGCAGCCGCCGCCGUCGCCGUCGCCAUGGAGACCUCGGACGAUGCCGGGAACCGGCUGCGCUUCCAGCUGGAGUUAGAGUUCGUGCAGUGCUUGGCCAACCCCAACUACCUGAACUUCCUGGCCCAGAGAGGGUACUUCAAGGAUAAGGCCUUCGUCAAUUAUCUGAAGUACCUGCUUUACUGGAAGGAGCCCGACUACGCCAAGUACCUAAAGUACCCGCAGUGCCUGCACAUGCUGGAGCUGCUCCAGUACGAGCAUUUCCGCAAGGAGCUGGUGAAUGCCCAGUGUGCCAAGUUCAUCGACGAGCAGCAGAUCCUCCACUGGCAGCACUACUCUCGGAAGAGGAUGCGGCUGCAGCAGGCCCUGGCAGAGCAGCAGCCGCCCCAGCCCCAGCAGGGCAGCAGCGGCUCCUUGUCAGCAGGGAAGUGAGGGGGGGCUCUGCUCAAAGUAAAGUGUGGUCACAACUGGAGAA